UGAUUUACUGAAGGGUUUAAUGUUUCCUGAAAUAUCAGAGUGAGAGAAAUUCCCUCAGACCCACGGUUUGAAUCACUUUGUUCAUCAAUCUGUCUGUUUGUGUUUAGACUAGGUGGUAAUAAACUGGGAGAUUCAGGAGUGAAACUGGUGUCUGCGGCUCUGAGGAACCCGGAGUGUAAAAUACAGAAACUGUGGCUGAGGGAUGUUGGUCUCAUGGACUCUGGUGCCGAGGAUUUCGCCUCCGCUCUCAGUACAAACACAUCACUGAUGGAGCUGAACCUGGGUGGUAAUCAACUGGGAGAUUCAGGAGUGAAACUGGUGUCUGUGGCUCUGACGAACCCGGAGUGUAAAAUACAGAAACUGUGGCUGGAGUUUGUCGAUCUCACAGAUUCUGGUGCUGAAGAUCUCGCCUCCGCUCUCAGUACAAACCCAUCACUGAAGGAGCUGGACUUGGGAUUCAACUUGCUGACAGACCGAUCUGUCCCCGCUCUCCGCCGCCUCAUACUGACCCUCCCGAAUCUGGAGCAGAUUGUGCUGUGGUGGAAUCGGUUCAGUGAGACCGGGAGGAAGGAAGCGGGAUCUCUGCGGAGAGUCAGACCCAGACUGAGAGUGUAUCUGUGAACAGCUGGAAGUGUGAACAUCACCACCCGGGGCUUAGGUACACUUUGGCCGAUUCCCUGCCCUCUAACUCCCCCCUCCAAUUUAACACCCGCCCUCCCCUUUAACUCCUGCCAUUACCUUUAAUGACUGCGCGCCGGGGUAAUUCCCAACGGUUUUAACGGAACCAGCUCCAGUCUUGCGCUCGGUUACAUCGGAUGCGGUCCCGCAGUGACGUAUUUCCGCCUGUUGUCCUGCAGCACAGCUUCCGCUGGAUAUGCAGGUUUGUGACUCCCUCUCGUGAGACCCCGGGGAAUUACACAGACAGGAAGGGCCCAGGGGCAGGGGCUCAGUCUGGGACACCAGUGUCCCGGGGUGGGAUUAUCCCAGGAGAGAAACCUUUUGCUCCCUUUGCUGAAGACAGUGCAUUCUGCAGCCUGGCCGAUAUAAUGAUGUUAAAUUGACAAAUCCCUCAGGAGUGACCCUGGAUCUGUAGCGAUCUCGGUCACUGUCCUGAAGUGUGAUUUUAUAAACAUCGGUUCCCCGAUGCAGAGUGACGGUGAGAAAUGGGACUGAUUAUUCAAACUGUCACUCGUUGCCACUGGUCGGUUAAUUGUGUGACUGUGAGUGAGUCAGGAGCAGCUUAUUUAUACCCGCACGUCAGCAGCUCACACAUCGUUUAAUUUACAUUUGUCAUGAUCAAACCAAUAAACCGCUGUAACUUCCUGUCCUGGUGCCGGACUCGAGUUUUAUUUCUGCUGCCCCCCGCACCCUGUGCACCGCAACAGUGGGUCGGAGCUCAUGCUGACACAGUAGCGUCUCAGCACCAGGCUGAGGGAGGUCAGACUAGCAGAGUCUGGUUGCCCUGGAACUCAUCUCUACCCAGCCCCCUUCCUGGUUAACUGACCCCCGCCUGCCCCCCGCAGACAGAUAAAAUCAACUUGAGUCCACUGAGGUCCUGAGUAUGAGAGGGAUGUGGGAUGGAAUAUUGGCGUCAGACACAGAGGUUUUCUCCCUCCUCACCAUCCAAUGACACACUCCUGGGGUCAGGCACAGAGUGUAGUUCCCUCUGCAUCAUCCUAUUACACACUCACGAGGUCAGACACAAAGUGAAGAUCCCUCCGCACUGUCCCAUCACAAACUCCUGGAGUCAGACACGAAAAAAAGUGUGAGAUAUAUCAACUGAGUUCUCGAGUUGAAUCAGAUUACAAAGGAGACUCUCACUGUGUUCACCUUGGAACUGCAGCACAGGGAACCACACACACUCACACACACGAUGAAUAUAUGUAGAAGUGGGCACAGAGACGAGGAGUAAUGCAGUGUUCACAGACUAGGAGAGGGUGGGAGGGUGCACAAACGGGCAGGGGAGUACAAAUGGGAAUCAUAACCAUAGCGGUUAACAAUCACAUUUGACCUCUCGGGUCAUGAAGUCACCCAGGAUGAAAUUGAAGUUGAGGAUAAUUUUGCAAAACGUGACUCCACCCCUUCCCGUCCUCUCCCACGGUCCGCACUCCUCACAGGACCCUGUCCCUUCCUGUCCACUCACAUGGACUGCGAUCCCAAUCAAAUGCCAAUCUUUCCCAUUCGCUCCACCCAUCCGCAUUCCUAACGGGACGUACCCCUACCCAGUCGCUUGCAUCGUCCAAACGCCCAACGGAUCCCACCCCUUCCAUUCACUCCCACCGUUUGCCUCCCAGUGGGCUCCGCCCUUUCCCAUUAACUCCCACCGUUUGCCUGCCAACCGGAUGACCCCUUCUCAUUUACCCCCACCGUCUGCACUGUUUCCCAUUCACUCCUACCGUCCGAAGGUUCCAACUGGAUGCCACCCCUUCCCGUUCACUCCAAAUGGGACCCAGCUCUUCCCUUUCACUCCCACCUUCCAGUUCAUUUCCAACGGGUCUGUGAACCUGGUAAUUGGCCGCGACGCCCAAAUUCCGUGUUUGACAGAACUCAGGGCUGCGUUUAGGGAAUUUCACGAAAACGCCGAUGGUUCAUUAGUUACAAGGAAAGUCGAGGGUCAUGAGGAUAUUGACGACUUUGUACAAAUGACGAUGUUCUAAAUUCUGGCAGAGACGGUGGAUAUGAUCAGACUGAAGGAACUUCGGCAUGCCUUCCUGAAAAUGGCGGGGGUGGGGGUGGGGUGCGUGUGAGAGAGUUUUAUGGUUUCCGUUUCCCCACACCGGGAGAUUCAUUGCGCCCGGUUCCCCGUGUUCACAGAGCACACAGGAAAUUACACAGGGUACGGUUCCCGGUCUCCAAACCCCAAACUGGGAAUUUUGCCAGAGACGGUUCCCGAUCUCAGUCUCUACACCAAGAGUAUUACCGCGCACGGUGUUGGGUCUCUGUAUCGUCACCGGGAAUAUUACCACACGUUUCCUGGUGUCUGUAUCCUCCUCUCUCCACGACACUCGGAGUGAUGUCGCACAGGAUCCGAGAUAAGGAUGUCGGAUCGGUCUCUGUUGUUGGUGAUAUAUUUAUUAUUUGUGAUACACAGUCCGCGCAAUCGAGUGGAGGGUGGUCGAGAGUGUCUGUCCUGCGAGGGUUUCCUGAUUGAAAAUGGUGAAUAGGGAGGGAACGACAGAAGGAUUUAGAAUGGUCACUGGGGAGGGAGUGAAAGGUUGACUGAAAGUGGUCUGGGGGGGGAAGUGAUGGGCUGAGUGACAAUGGGCCCAUGGAGCGAUGGGCGGAAUUAAGAUGGCCAUGGUCACCUUGUUUCUCAGGGCCGGCAGAGAAGGAGUGACACACUGACAAGACGGUGGGAGUGCCAGGCAGAUGUAAAAUGACCGACAGGGUGGGGAUGACACGCUGAGUGAAAAUUAUCAACAGGGAGGGAGUUACUUUUGAUAAUUAAAAAUAGGAUUCUGGAUUAAAGCCAGACUAUAAAUCAUAACUAGGGAGAGAGUGACGCGCGGACAUAACGCUGUCACCAGGGAGGGGGUGACUCGCACAUUGAAAAUAAUCAGCAGGGAGGGAGGGAUACUCUGAGAGAAAAUGGACACCAGGAGUUGACAAAUUAGAGGGAGUGGCGGCCCGACCUGAAGUAGUCCCUGAGUCCUUGGUUACAAUGGCCGACGGGGAGAGAGUGAUGGACAGACUUCAAAUGACCAACAGGAGGGAGAGACGCACCGGGUAAAAUGGCCGAAAUGGAGAGAGUGGCGCAUUGGGAAGAGAGAAGGGGUAAUGGGUCGAUGUAAAAUGAUCUAAUGGGACAGAAUGACGAACUGACAUAAAAUAGCCGCCGCUUCGCUUAAACUGUCUGACGGGGCAGUUUAGGGUUUGUGAUACCUUGUUUAACAUGAGCGCCAGGAAGGCAGGGGCUGACACUCCGAUUGAAAACGGCUGUCACCAUCGUUUAUUCUGUUGAGACAAAGGCAGAGACCCCGUUCCGGAAGGUUGAAACGGAACCAAGGAGGAAGCGACGCCUUGGUUAAAGUGAGCGGCAGAGAAGGAGUGAAGGACACGUUGACCUCAAAUGGCCGACGCUUCACUUGAAAUGGCCGCUGGGGAGGGAGUGGCGGCUUUGGUAGAAGUGAGCACGAGGGUCGCGCUGAUUUAAAAUGGGCGAAUGCUUGGUUGAUGUGGCCGCCAGGGAUGGAGUGAGACACUGACUUACAAUGGCCACUGUCACACUCAGAAUCUAUGGCGAAGGAACAUGGAUGCAAUCCCGGGAUCGCGUGUAUUAUUGAUUGUAAUAACAGUAUUUUAAUUUGUGUUUUCUAUCGUCUUGGGUAUUGUAUAUAUGUUUUAAUUCUAAUGAUUUUGUCAUUGAAUAAACAUGUAUAUAUCUCA